AUGCUAAGUACACUUAAGAAAAUGUUAAGCAAAAAGAUCGAAGAAAAAGGAACACUGAAAGUACAAAACGAAGCAUUCAAUGAUGUGUCGCUUUGUGCUGAGAAUGAUAAACUGACUUUUAAAGGCUGUAAUCUUUCAGCGUUGCCCAUUUCUGAGCUCUCAGAUAUACAGCCUAGGGACGGAUCAUUCACAUUCAUCUGCGAUAACAAAAAGUUCUGGUUUGAGUCUAAAAAGAAUACAGAGCUGUUUCGAAUACUUAAACAGUUAGUACCAAGUAGGACCAUCUUCAACUCAAAUAGGAUUGUAUAUUAUGUGUAUAACACCGAAAAUAGAAAAUUUGAACUGUAUGAUCAACCCUGUGAAGCUAAGAUUGUGCAUGACUCUGAAUAUUAUCUAAGAAUCGAAGACGAGGCAUCUAUUCAACACUACGAACAGAUCAACACCAACACGCAAUAUUACAUGGAUCAAUCCAAUCACAGCUUUGUCUGGUCUGUCUACAACAAAGGAAUGUUUCAUACCUUUUGCAUUGAGUUUGAGGACCAUAUUAACUUCCUUGAGUUUGUAUCUAAAUACACCGAAUGUUGUUAUAAAUCAGUCAACGAAGGCGAUCAGUUCAAGUAUUUUGAAAACAUGGCAGUUAUGAAUCCCGUGCAAAGUCAACAGGAUACCAAUAUCCCUGAGGACAAAGAGGAGGAGUGGAUGGAGUUCGAAGACGAGAAGCCAAAAGAUACAGAAUUUAAUAGGGACACCAAAGCCAAUGAGCAUCUUGUCAUAGGCAACGAUCUUGUGUUUGUAACACGAGGAUCUUCGCUGGGAGUAUUUGACACUCAGCAAAAUGAUUUAAAAUUCAGAACCCACAUCCAAAAGGUACUGAAUGACCCGCAAAAAAUAAUCACACACAACCAAAACCAAUCUCUUCUAGUCUUGGACAGGGGUCAAAGGGAUAAACUCCAAGUCUUAGAUCUUAACAAGGGCGAAGUGGUUGAAAAAUGGGACAUUAAGGAAGAAAUGAAUGACUAUUUUGACAGCGUGAAAUACAACAAUGAAGGCACAUUGGUGGGAAUGACAGACCACUCGCUAUUUAGAAUCGAUCCAAGGAUGAAGGACAAGGUUGCAGAGAAGAACACAUAUAAAACUAAAAAUGAAUUUUCAUGUGGAAUAGCCACAGAGACAGGUGAUGUGGCAGUUGCAUCCAGAAAGGGCGAUCUUAGACUUUAUAACAAAAUAGACAAGCGGGCCAAGUCUCUUCUUCCUGGAUUUGGUGAUGAAAUUCUUGGAAUUGAUUCCAGUAAAGAUGGCACAAUGAUUCUUUGCACAUGCAAGAACUAUAUUCUUGUUUUCGCUGCGACUUCUGACUAUUCUAAGUCCAUUGGAAAGAACAAGCCGACACCUAAAAGACUCCAGCUAAAGCCCCAGCACCUUAGCUUGAUCAAGGACGAAGUCUCUUUUAUUCCUGCUAAGUUUGAUCAGGAUGACACAAUGAUUGUUACAAGUACUGGUAGAUUUGUGGUCAAGUGGAGAGUGAAGGAUGUUAAAGCGGGCAAUCUGUAUGAUUAUUCUCUCAAGGCACUCUACGAUGUAAUCGUUGAUGAAAACUUUGUAUUCAAAGGCGAGGACAUCAUUGUUGCACUUCCGAAUGAUGUUAAAAAGGUGACAGAGCAGGAGCUGAGAAGACCAAAGUGA